AUGAAUUCAAUGCAAAACCCUAUAAAUUUCAGUGAAGCAACUGAUUCAGUAUAAGACUCUAAUCCAGAUAAAAUUCCCAAAAAUUAAGACAAGUAACCAAAUAAAAAAGGCAUGGCAAAUAAUUCAAAAAAAUAAAUUAGUAAAAAAGUAAACUCUCAAAAAAAAUCAGCUGGAUUUUAUGUUUAGUUAAAGAAAGCAAAAAAGCUUAAGCUUAUUAUAGAACCAUUCACUGAAGAUUAAAUCACAAUCUUACUAGAUGAAAACCAAACUAAAAUAGAUGAGUUUAUUAAGCAAAUAAGCGAGAAGCUGCAUGAAAAAAAUACAGCCCUAAUGAAUAAGCUGAUAAAAUAAAUAGGCAGGCAGUAGACUGUGUUCUUUUAUAAGAAUACAGUUUAAGUGCAAGAAAAUGGAGGAAUCAGAAACGAGCAAUUUAAAGGAUUUAAAACACCAGGUGGUGUAUUUAUUCAUCUGAUUAAAUAGGAUUAGUAAAAGGAAGGAGAUUCUAUUGUAGCAAUAAUUAAGGACAAUAAGAAGUUUAUUGACUAAAGAUAAUAGAUGAACAAAAAACUUAAUUAUCUUUAAAUUAAUUGA